CUUACUGUAUGCGCGCGCACGUGUGUGUGGUGUGUUGUUGAGCAACAUGAAUAUUCUGAUCCGGCCAAGUUCCUUUUUGAGGUUUGACUUGUGAGCGAAAAACAUUGUCAUCAUCAUCGUGGUCUGACAAGAUGGCUGAUGUACGCUGGUGGCUGUUGGCGCUGCUCGUCGUCAUGGUGGAAGCAAAGACUCGGGCCAUCGACCAGAACCAGCUGGCCGUGAUUGUUGACACGAUUCUCAACAAGUUGAACGUCCAAAGCAAAAUGCCCAUGUUCAGUCUGGCUGUGAGGAUCCCACUCAGUCAUGACCAGGCCUCGUAUGACCUGAAUCAAGUGUCUGACUCUGGUCAGGAAGUGAGGAGCACCAUCUUGCAGUGCGGUGUGUACCAGAGCUCCCACGUGGUGGCUGCCACCCUCCUGAGGUGGCCCGACGUGCUGAAACAUUGUCCUGGGGCGUCAGUGCCGUGGCAGGAUGUCCUGGAUGAGUGCCAGCGGACAUCCAUGACUUGGCAGGAAGUGGAGCAGUACUGCCCAUCUCGUGUGGAAAAUAACAGAGUGGAUCACGCAGAGUACCGCGUUUUGACGACGUUAGACACCUGGGCUGCCGACAAGAAGAAGACGGGUCUGUUGCUCUUCUACGUGUAUGCCUCGCCGUGCACCAGCAGGUGCACGAGCGAGAGAAACGCCCUCAGCAUCCUCGGGCUGGUGGAGCGUGUCAAGGACUGGCCUCAGCACGCCAUUGUCUUCUCCAAAGUCUUCCAGCCCAAAGGCAACCAGUACGCCAUUUCUGAAAAGCAACUCAAACAAGGGCUCAUCAACUUGGGAAGCCAUCUUGGCAGUGGCGGCCUCGGCACCAUCUUCCGCUGCGAUAAGAACAAUGGAGGGAAGACGAAGGGAAAUGUGGACGACAAUAUGCAGUGUGUCAGCUGCUCCAGCGGGGGGCAGGUCACACCUCACUGCUACUCUGACACCCAACACCAGCAGGUCACUCAGCAAGGGGGGCGGGGUCUGUGCACUACAAGAGGGCGAGGGGGCAGUGGACGGGGGAGAGAAGCACCAAGCAUCAAGAAAAGUCCAGAAGACAACGUGUGUCUCAGCUUCCUGCUGGAGGACCAGCUUCUGCACCACGACGAGGAGGGGGCGACGGCUCGCCAAGAAAAGGUCCUGGAAGGAAGUAUCUUUUCGCGUCACGUGAAUUUGAAGCCGACCAAGAUGGCGGAGGCGGAGGCUAGUAGAUGUUUACUAGCUCUGUUGAAUGGCGUCGCUCAACAGGUUUAUUACGGCAAGACUGACGUGACGGAGGACUUGUUAAAAAGUGAACUUUACACGGACAUGUCCCCAGACGACUUUAAGGCCUUGUACGACAAAAUGAAAACACUUUUGAAGUCUAUCGCCACGGCCGACAUGGACCACGCCCAGCUGGAGGCCUUCCUCACAGCCCAGACCAGGAAGCAGGGGGUGGGCGCCGUGACCCCCGAACAGGCUGCCGCCCUCACUCGCUUCUGGAAGAGCCAGCGUGUCCGCGUGAGGGACAGCCUGCUGUCCCACAGCCGCUGGGAGCCCGGACUCAGGGGCCUGUCCUGGAGGGUGGACCUCCAGACGGCGGCUGGCGGGAGGGGGCCUGUGGCUCUGAUGGAGCUGGAGCUAGGCGGGAGCGGCCAGGACUCCCAGUUUGUGUGUGUGGAGAUGGACGAGGACAAAGUCCAGCAGGUGCUCAAGAAGAUGGCUGAAAUCCAGGCCAGCAUCGAUGCCAUCCUUCAGCGCACCUGACAUGCCUGCUGAAACCACCUCACCUUAACAGCGCUUCAUGGACAUAGCCUGUUUUAUCCAACAUGUCUCCUGCACAUUUGUUGGCAUCAUCGUGCAUGUGAAGAUCCAACAAGGCCGCAACAUGAAACCAUCAUUAGACACUGAGGAGCCUUCUUGACCAUUGAAGACAUGAACUAACCUGGAGUCCCGAAUUAGACUGAAGGUGGUCAGUCCUUGUUGUUGUCAUGUGACUUCAAUAAACAUA